AUGUUAAAACGAAUUUUCAAGAGAGGCAGAGGUGCAGUGAAUCGAUCUCUGCAUUCAAUUGCUUCGGAUCAGGCAACCAGUGAGAAACAUUUGGUCACCACAGCGGAGUAUGCAGUCACAGCAGAGCCCUUUGUAUACGAUCCAGUCAAAGGCUCUUUUCUACUUGAUUUACCACCAGAACUAUUCUAUUUAAUCGGUGAACAUCUAUCUCAUGAUGACCUUUCAAGGUUAAGUCAAACAUGUUCUCGUUUAUAUCAAUUUAUUAACAGUGACACAUUGUGGACUCAUCUCAUACGUUUUAAAUUUCCGCCCUCUAUUGCCAAAUUAUAUACUAAUGGUAUAUUUGAAGAAGAAAGAGAUGAAGCCACAGAAACCGAAAAAACACACCAAAACAAAGCUCAGCGACCUAGCUUUCUCAACUCUAAAGACUCUGAGUGGAAACUAGAUGCUGCAGCAAUCAGAUCAGCUGCUGAUUACAAUGAAACGACCGUAAUUCAUUUGACCAUGCACCUCGAUCAAAAGUGGUUUCGAGAGAACGUUCGAUAUUAUCAAUUCAACAAGACACACAGCUUAAAUUGCAAAAAUAUUCCAUUAAUGAAACUGAUGUAUUUCUAUCUAAUCGAUCGAAAACGAGUUGCAACCACCGAUAUGGUGGUGGUUCAUUUGAACAAUGAAAACUAUCUAAGAGAAAUACGUACAAAAGAUAGUCUCAAUGGCCGUGUUGUCAAACUGUUCAGCGUUUGUUGGCUCGAUAUAACAGGCAAAAUGGAGAAUAUCCUUCCAGGAAAAUAUGAGUUCUCGUGGAGAAUGCGGUUGGACAUGUCGGCAGAGAUUGAUGGAACAACCGAGUUUCUUGCUGUGCCCGAGUAUGGCACGUUAAUCUGUUACCGGUGGACUGAUGAAAUAAUUCAAGAAAUGAAAAUAAAACAUGGAACAGCGUGGUUCACUGCAGACAUGGGUACAACAACCAUUUAUAAACCGUCAACAGUUUAUGUAGCUGUCAGAAAUUGGACGACUCCCUAUUGGAAGCAAGUGCGAAAAUUUGGGUUUAUUCGACUCGACCUUGUAUUUUUUUCCGUGACACGACAUUACCGCGAACGGCAUUACCGCGAACGACGUUACCGCGAACGACAUUACCGCGAAUACAGAAAACGACAUUACAGUGAACGACGUUACCGCGAACGACGUUACCGCGAACGACAUUACCGCGAACGACGUUACCGCGAACGACGUUACCGCGAACGACAUUACCGCGAAUACAGAAAACGACAUUACAGUGAACGACGUUACCGCGAAGACUCGUUUAUUGGAAAAGAAGAAUAA